AUGAGUACUCCUCUAGAUCCAGAGGACAUCUUGUCAGAAUCCUUGGAGACUCUAUAUGACUACGCACCUAUCACCCUCUCCUCUUCCGGCUCAAGCUACACAUAUACUCCUUCCCCUAACUCCGUGUAUGCACAGACCGCCCGAGGGAGACUAAUGAAAAUUACGCUCAAAACACCAGAAACAGAACCAGAGAACUGGUCACUACAUGCAUCCUCUAUCUGGAUAUCUUCAGUCUACCUCGCCGAUCAUCUUGACGAGUUGCACAUCGAUAAAGAGAUCGCGCACGCUCGAGAUCGAGAAGAGCUUCCACUUCGCGUACUCGAACUCGGAGCAGGUGCAGGGUUACCAAGUAUACUCAUCGCGAAACGUUUCCAGGACGAUGUCUUCGUCGUGGCGAGUGACUAUCCUGACGAUCCCUUGAUCGAGACAUUGUCAGAUAACAUUGUCAAAAACAAGGUUAUGUCAUAUUGUCGACCAGUACCAUAUAAAUGGGGAGCAAAUCCGGAUGAUAUCCUCAAUGUCAUAAGACAUUGUCCCAGGUUCGAAGAGUAUGAACGUGCGACCGCUGAUGACGGUUUUGACAUCGUUAUUGCGGCGGAUACCUUGUGGAAUCCCGACCUCCACCCGUUGUUACUGCAGACCUUGCAGUGGAUGUUGCGGAAGACCGUACUAGCGCGGAUCUAUCUCAUUGCAGGUUUACACACCGGACGUUACCCGCUACAAUUGUUCAUGAAUGCAUUGCCGGCAUAUGGGUUCGAAAUUGAUGAGAUCGAUGAAAGAGAGACAUUGGGAAGUAAAAGGAGGGAGUGGUCUGUUGAGCGAGGCGAGGGAGAAAAUGAAAGAGAAAGAAGAAAAUGGGUUUUAUGGAUAUGCGUAAAGUGGAAAGCAGAAUAG